AAACACUUACCUAUACUCGUUACCACGACUACUCCUCCUUCCUCUCUCUCCUCCACUCCCUCUCCUCCACAGCCUCCCGAAUGUGUGCCCCCACAGACACGCUUGACACCCAUGGCUGCCCUAGACAACCCGCGCGCCGCUGAUCUCGUGCGGACAGCCUCGCAAACAUCAACAGUCUCCAGCCCAAGGAACCGCAGUCUGCAGCGCGUCCGCCCCUCCAAGCGCCCCUCCAAUGCUUCUCUCAGCCGCAGCCGCAGCAGAGGCCCAGAGCCCGAAGUCGACACAAAGAGCCUCACUUCGUUCCCCUCACUGUCGCCCAGCCCAGACGCCUCCCCGGCACACGCCCGUCUCAACGCCUGGUUUCGAUCCACGCCCGCCCCCGACGAUGACCUCAAGGACCUACCCAAUGGGCCGCCCGCACUGCCCGACGCCCUCAAGGCAGUCGCCUCGCCCGACUUUAACAAAACCGUCACACCAACCUCGACGGUGAGAAGGGUCACCAAGUCGACACAGGAGAUUGUCGGCAGCCUCGUCGCCGCCUCAUCCUCGACCAAGGACCGAUCCGCCCUCUUCGACGACACUCCAACAGAGACUGCAAACGUCCCAGGCAACCUACAUUUUGCCACCGAUGAAAACAUACAAGAUGCCUUGCGCCACACGGGCCCCGUCGCCUUGGUCAAGCAGCUCGCAGGCGACCUCGCCCAGCGCGACGCCCAAAUUACUGCCCUGCGAAGACGAGCUGAGGAGCGCGAGCGCAUGCUGAGGAAAAUGCUGCAAGAGUGCGAAGUCUCCAACAUGGACAUUGAAAACAGGCUUCGGGAGCUCGACAAGACUAGGGACAACGGCAACAGUCUCACCAAGACGAGGACAAGGGGCGACAGUGCAUCCGCCGGACUGCAUCCCGACGAUCCCAUGGAGGAUAGGCUUGCAAGGGCCAUGGAAGACGAACUGGCUGAGCACCCAGAUGCGCUCGGCAUAGAUAUGGGCACUGCAGCAACGCCCCUGGCAGAUGUCAUGUCGCUCAACUCGGUCGCGUCAGACGCCCAGCGCGAUGGUCCAAAGUCAAAUUGGAAGGGCUAUCUCUGGGCAGGAACAAGCAGGAAGAGUAGCAGGGCACCAUCCGUCGCCAGCCAUAUUGACCGGGAUAUCGGCGGUUUAUCAGUUGGACCACGAUCGCGUGCAAACAGUAAUGCAAAGCCGCCUCGCAAGCCUCUCGCAAACGAUACCUUUGUACCACCCUCCGCUGCCGGCGCAGCACCCGCCCUACGCAGACUCAACAGCCAAGAUCGUGCCGGAGAUGCGUCGGCGCGUAGGUCCUCGUCAUCCUCACUAGCGAGUUGGGCGUUGAAAAUGGUGGCGGGCAAUAGCUCCGCAAGUCCUAGUAAAACAAGCUCAGCACGAGGGCGCAAAACUACCGCUUCCGAUGCUGCAGACCGAGCGCCCUCUAUGGACUCGACAAAAACUGCCCAAUCUGCAAAGUCCUCUCUAACAAGCACGCAGAAACGAGGUCGUGCAUUGGGCCCGAAUGGGACUAUUAAGAGCAUCACUGGAGAUCAGCCCAAGGCCGUGUCCAGUAGCCUUGCCCCAUCCCAGCCAACCCGUGGAUUGAGUAAUCUCGGUCCUGUGGAAAUGGACCGCAUUUUACCCGAAGACUCACGUCCACCAACACUUGUGCAGCAACAUAACCGAUUUAUCGGGAGUAGCGAGUACUUGACUGAUAGAUUUGGCUUCAUCUACGACCAGCGCCGAAAGAAGAGACAGAGCGAAGCUGCUGCUACGCUGAUCAAGCAAAAACGGAGCAGCAAUGUCGAGUCACUCAACGACAGCAGAACUGCACUCAAUAGUCUCGCAAAAGCAGACGACGCCGACCAUGUCGACGGUCCUCCAGUUGCAGGCGAUCAGAACAGCACUGGCAUACGCCCAUCUAGUUCAGACUCAGACAAUCAGCCCAGUCAGUCAGCGAGCAAGACAUGGGCUGACUACCUUAAACUGGCCACGCACCCAACUGAGCUGCUUUCACAUACCCCAUCAGCAGCGCCGAUCACCACAGUAGAGUCUGCUGAAGGCGAGACAUCUUCUUUUAAGAUUGGCCAAACUCAAAUCACUCUCAUGAAGCGGGGAUCUGUGCCCACUACCAGCGUCAACCCAGAGCCAUCACCGUCUCGUAUCGUUUCUGGCAAUGCAGAGAUUUCCGUCACUGCCACCUCACCUGGCCCAUCCACACCCAUCAGCCCGUAUCCGGGUCAGAUGGACCCCGUACAGUCCCUGUUGGAGCAGAUGAGUGAACUGCACGACAACCUCCAGAAAGAAAGAACUGUCAAAUGGAACGACUUCUUGCGCAAAGUGCGCGCCCAAAACAAACGCGAAGGCGAAGUUGCCAGCAUAGGGGAGAAUGGCAAGGCCAACGCAAUGCCCGAGACAUUUCUCUCAGACGGCGAACUGGUCGGCAUUGCAGGCCUCGGCAACAAGGGUAAAGUGGGCCGUGCCAAAUGGCAAGAGUUUCGCCGUCUUGUCCUUGGGGGCAUUCCCGUCCACAUGAGGGCUGCCAUCUGGGCUGAAGGAAGUGGAGCAUUGCAUCUACGCACGCCGGGUUACUAUGAGGACCUGGUCAAUAAUGGCGAGGACGAUCCGGCCAUCGCAACUCAAAUCCAGAUGGACAUUACCCGCACGUUGACUGACAACAUCUUUUUCCGGACUGGUCCUGGCGUACAGAAGCUGCAGGAAGUGCUACUCGCCUACUCGCGCCGCAAUCCAGAAGUUGGUUAUUGCCAAGGCAUGAACCUCAUCGCUGCAUGCUUGCUGCUCAUUAUGCCCACGCCUGAAGAUGCAUUCUGGGUCCUCACCGCAAUGAUUGAGGAGAUUUUGCCCCAGCACUACUAUGACCAGCAUCUGCUCACGUCUCGCGCUGACCAGUCUGUGCUUCGCCAAUACGUUGCUGAAAUCUUGCCAAGGCUAUCUGCCCAUCUCGAUGAGCUUGAGAUCGAGCUCGAAGCCUUGACCUUCCAAUGGUUCCUGUCCGUCUUUACUGACUGCUUAUCCGCCGAAGCGCUCUUCCGCGUCUGGGAUGUUGUCCUCUGCAUGCACGAUGGAUCCACGUUCCUCUUCCAAAUCGCACUCGCGCUUCUCAAACUGAACGAAAAGGCUCUCUUGCAAUGCGAUACGCCAGCCGGUGUGUACCACUACAUCAACCACCAGAUGACCAACCACGCCAUCAGCAUCGACGGCCUGAUCCAAGCAUCCGACGCCCUCGGCAAAGUCAUCAAGCGCAAAGACGUCGAAGAGCGCCGCGCAAAAGCCGUUGCCCACGAACAAGAACUCAUGCGCCAGAGAGAAGAAGCUCGUCAGGAACGCGCUCGCAAACGAGCCAGCAAAGCCUCCACAGAUGCCGCUUCCUCGCCGCCGCCCACAACGGCCAUCACCCAGCCAGCAGACGACGAUACAAAGUCCCUCUCCGCAAGCCUCGACGGCGAACUAGCAAUGCAAACGAGUCCCAUGCGCACCCCGCUUUCCAGCGCAAGUAAACGCUCUGAAGAGGAGGAAGAUGCUGAUUACCUAAAUACGAACUUGGAACUCAACGGUCGGUUGCCUACGACGCCUAUGGCUGAAGAGUUUAUGUGGCGUGCAUGAGAAGGGUUUAAUGGGAUAGUAAAGGGAUAAAGAAGCGAGAGAGAAGAACAAGAAGAAAGCAGAGAAGCAAUUUUUUUCGAGUCUAGGGAUUCUUUUCAUACAUAUACAUAUAUACCCCCACCCCUUUCCUUUAUUUUUAUUUUUUCAAACUUCACUUGGAUAAAAACGCACACAUUACUCAGAAUAACCGUUUUUCUGGGGUAGAAUUUUCUUUUUCUUUCGUACUCUCUUUUUUUGGGAUUCUUGAUACCCCCCCUUUUCAUCUCUCUCUGUUCUUUUCCUUCUUCGUAUUUGAGAAAAAGG